CGCAACAACAUAAAAGUAUGGGUACUUCAUUGAUAAUCUUCAAUAAGUGCGUAGAAGGAUAAAACGGCUCCUUCCCUGGAAUGAAAUUGAAGGAAUAAUGAUAAACGUGCGGUCAAUUUUGCCGUAGCUUAUAUUGGCAAAGAAGUUUGCAGGUGGUGGAAUCGGCUUUGCCGGAUUCACAAGAAAUGGGUCCCUGUUAUUUGCAUUUGGAAAGCAUUAUCCAGGUAUUAUUGAUCCUUUCAUUAUGGAAUUAUUAGCUCUUCGUGAUGCGAUAAAUUGGUGCCUGACCCAUGGAUUUGGUGUGGUGAACUUUUGUGGGGACUGUCAAACACUGGUUCGGGCUGUUCGGGAGAGAAAUGUGGAACAUGGAAUCGGCGGCGCAAUACUGGAAGAGAUUCGAGUGACGAUUUCAUCAUUUGAUCUAUUUUCAUGUACUUUUACUCCCCGCAGGUGCAACAGGGCUGCCCAUUUAGUGGCACAAAAGGCCCUUUCAUCGGCAGCUCGACUAUUUGUCGACUGCCGCGUUUGGUUGUGUGCUGUUCUUUGACUAUUAUAUUUCCUAUCUACGUAAAAAAAAAGUAGGAUGGUAAUGGGUCGGGUUUUGCCAAACCCAAAUCCAAAUUCAUGGGUUUAUCUGUGAAAAAAACGCGGAGUAAAACACACUAGGUUUGAAAAAUUCAAAACCCAACCCAACCCGCUGGGUAUCCGCGGGGUUUUGUCGUAAAAAAUUUACAAUAACAAGUUCCUAUCAAAAUUAAAGUCAAAUAUCAAUAUCUCAAUACAAAUUAUCCAUAUAUAAAACACUAUUCUAGAAAAUUCAAGCAAAUCACAAAUUAACUAUACAAAUUGUUCAACACCAAUCUAGAAAACUCAAGAUAAUUGAAGCAAAUCACAAAUUAUCCCUGAUUAAUUGAAAGUUUCUUCUAUUCAAUUAAGUUUCUUUACUCUCAACACAAUUAGAAAGAAAAAUUAUACAUGUCUCCACAAACAUAAAUAAGAUUAGUUGUUUAGAAUAUUAAAUAUAUCGAGAAAAUUAAUUAUAUGGGUGUGGGCGGGUACCCAUGGGCCGGGUUUACCUAAACACAAACCCAACCCAAUAAAUAGUGAACGGGUUUAAACCCAAACCCGACCCAAAAUCCGUCAACAUGAAUUUUACCCGCGUUGACCGAGUUGGAUCGGGUAGAUACCCGUGGGUUCGGGUUUUGUUGCCAUCCCCGCAAAGAAGUGACUCCUCGAUCAUUCCAUUGAUAAAAAGCUCCCUUCCUUCCUUUCUUCCUUAGUCCUCCAACCCCACUCGCUUUCCGAUUCCCUCUACCUACCCCACCCGCCGCCGCUCGCCGGUAAAGUCCCCUCCGCCUCGCCGCCGCCGCCGCUCACCGGUUUCCGUUCUCCAAUUUUUCAUAAUCUUUCUUUUCCUUUUUCUCCAUCAUGUUUGAUUUCGGCGACGAGCUGACGCUCCAGAGCUACAGGAUUCCAUGGCUAAUCUGGAUUCAGAUUCUGGUCCUCUUGCUCAUCGUCUUCCUCUUCUACUGCUUCAGCUUCUCCGUCACUUCUCCCGCCGACGAUGCCUCCCUUUUAUCAUCCUCCGCCCCUGCCUCCGCCGAUUCUGCUUCCUCCAGCUACAGCAGAGAUUCCGACGAUAUAAAGAAGAUUGCGAAGCACGGCGGCGGCGAUGCUUCGACGAACAUCGCCGAUUACGUCCGCCACUGUCAGGUGACUAGGAGCCAGAGCAUAAAAGGAGAGCUGGCGAUGACGACGACGACGACCACAGGCAGAAGAAUAGUGAGGGAAGACACCAUAGAGGGGGAUGCGAUUAGCAACUACCAUCCCUGCAACUACAUCCGGCUAGCUAAACUGGUAUUCCUCAAAUGCUUUGGACUUGAUUGCGAAUUCGAGAGGUCUUCGAACUCCGAGAAGAAGAAACGAAGAUGACAGAGCUUUGUUUGUUCGGUCUUGUAUGUAUGUAUGUUUUGAGGUAAAGCUCGGAGGCAAGGCUUGCGGAAGCGCGGGAGAGUUUCCUAAUUCUUUUACUUGUGAAGGAUGCUCUGAUUAAUGUGCAAAUGUGUAAAUAUUUUGCUUCAAUUUGAGCCAAGAGGAGGCAAAGUGUAACAUGUAAAUUUAGCAAUGUCAUGUGAGACUUUGAAUUGUAGGCUCUUGGCUAGCUAGAGUUAGGGGUGUCCAUUCGGGUUCGGUUUUUCGGGUUUACUCGAAACCGAUCCGAUUAUAUACAUUUUCGGUUUUUCGGGUUCGAGUUUGUUUCGGAUUUCGGAUUUUUUGGGUUUGGGUUCGGUUUUGCUUAUUGGGUUUUCGGGUUUCGGCUGAAAACCUCCAGGAAAUAGCACUCAGUUCGUAUUCUUAGGCGUUCGGAUUUUCGGGUUUCGGUUUUUGGUUUUCGGGUAACCGAAAACCAAAAAUUCUUAUCGGAUUCGGUUUUCAUCGAUUUCGAUUUCAGGUUUCGAUUCGGGUAACCUAACCCGACCCGAAUGGACACCCUAGCUAGGGCUUCCGCCCCAGCCUCAGCCUUGUUGCAUAUGAGCAAUGGACGAUUCUCAAUAGAACCUGUCGAUAGACAUAUGACCAAAAUUCGUAAAACGGUACACUUCAAGGGUUUGUUAAUGUAUUCAACUUUAGUGGUAAGUGCCCACCCCCUAGGCAUAUUAUAUUUUACAAAAUUGUUGAAUCGGGCAUGAUUCUAAAAAAUACACGAUAAAAGAAAAAAAAUUCCAAAUCAGCUUAUUUCAAGUAACAUAAAGCAGCUGCUUGACCAGCUUCUCGUCUUCCGUCUUAUCUUUUCUUAUUCUCUUCCCCACUUCUCUUAGCCGAACUUCCUGUUCUUCUCCCGUUGUUCUUACUCUUUCCGCUGACUUUCCGAGAGUAAUUCAAAUAUCAUGUUAUUAAGAUAAAUAACUUCAAUUAAAAAAUAUACCGAACAAAAAAUUACGGAUUAAAGCUCACAUGUCAUAUUAUAUUCUACAAAUAUGUUGAAUCAAGCAUAAUUUUUACAAAUACACCAGAAAUGAUGGAAGAUUCCAAAUCAGCUCAAAUACGCGAAAAAUGGCUCCAAUGUUCUUUUCCUGUCCUGACAAAAAAAAUGUGCUAGGCAUGAUAAAGCUCUUCUAUCAUGUAUUUUUAUCAAACAUACUCUUUUAUAAUGUUUUGCAUCAAACAUAUUUAUGUAUACUUUGGGAAAAUUAUUAAACAUGCAAUUUUAUUAAAAUUUUCAUCCAAAGACCUACCACCACAAUAGAACCGCGAUUUAGGCGACAUAAAUGUCUAAAAUACCC